UAUGUGAGAUUAAAAAAAAAAAGUGAUUAAGAUCUCAAAUUGAUAUCUCCCAUUGGAGAUGUCCUAAACAAUUUGAGCAGUGUGAUAUAAAGUUACCGAAAACUGUGCAUUUUGAUAGAAGCCUGGUGAAGAAGGUUUCAAGUUUUUGAAACCCCCGUAUCCUAAUCCUAACCCACUUCGUUGAUUACGUUAGAAAAGAAGUGGCUGUGAAUCCGAAUCCAAAUUUGAAUGGGUUAUCUUCAAUUUGGCAGACAUGGUGUUAGGCAGAUCAUUAGAUUUAGAGAUGCUAGUUAUGAUAAUGUUGUGGUAAACCCACUCCUAUAUGCUUCCCAAGGACUUCGUUACAAGAGGAAGCUCCAAGUCAUCCUUACAACUGACAUAGAUAAUCUGGGAAAGGCAGGUGAUACUGUCAAAGUUGCCCCUGGAUAUUUUCGCAACCACCUAAUGCCCAAGCUCCUUGCUUUCCCUAACAUUGAUAAGUUUGCUCAUCUCCUCAAUGAGCAGCGCAAGAUAUAUCAACCAACUGAAGAAGAAAAACAAGAAGAUGUCACUCUUGUUAAAGAGUCAAAGGAAGAUAUGAUGAAAGAGUAUGAAAAGGCAGCAUUGCGUCUUGAUAAAGCUAAGCUGGUCUUGCGGAGAUUAAUCAAUGUUCAAAAAGCCAAGUCACGUGAAUCAAAAGAUGACCCCUUGGAGUUACGUUAUCCUGUGACAAAAGAUAUUCUUGUGGCUGAGGUGUCAAGACAAAUCUGUGUGAACGUUGCACCUGAUAACCUGCAUCUUCCAUCACCUUUAGCCACAUUGGGAGAAUAUGAGGUGCCACUGCGUUUACCAAGGUCCAUCCCGUUGCCAGAGGGCAAGGUUAAUUGGAGUUUGAAAGUUAAAAUCAGGAGUAAAUAACUCACUCAUCUUGUUGAAUUCAAGUUCACAAGGGAUGGAAUUGUUGUUUUAAGCUGAUAAAUCAUUUAAUUGAACCCGGGGAUUAUAAGAUUUUGACAUUGCUUUUAUUUACUGACAAAAAUUCGACACAUUUAACAAAGUCUCUUUAAUAUUCUCUGUUUUUAUUGAGUGAAGUCUCAUGUGUUAUUGACA